AUGCAGUCCACAACACGCAUGAUCCGGCAAAUCCGCCCCGGCUUCUUCAAACGCAGGCUCACGACAACGCCACGCAACUCGCAAUGGCGACCGGGCCCCUCCCCACCACGCCUCCCCAAGGAAGAACAAGAGAUCUUCGAACGCCUGCAGCAGCAGUCCACAGGCGCGUUUAGCACACCGAAGCAAGAAACGACGACAAAAACCUCCGAGGUCGAAGUCUCGGAAGAAGAGCUCGAACUAGGCGGCAAGCGGUCUGGCGAAGCAGACAAGAUGUUGGAUCAGCUACGGGAAAGAGCACGGUUGGCGGCGAAGGGAGAUGGCGAAGAACUGCAUCCUAAUAUAAGGCGAGGGGCGGCGCCUGAGUUUGAGGGGGAUAAGAAUCCCAAGACUGGGGAAGUGGGGGGACCGAAGAACGAGCCGUUGAGAUGGGGAGUGGAGGGGGAUUGGAGUUACAAUGGAAGAGUGACGGAUUUCUAG